ACCUUCCCGAGUCCAGUCUUUUUUGGCGGAACACCAUUCAUUAAACCUGCCCAAACUACAGUUCCCGACAUGCGUAGGAGGACAACUUCCGGCACCCUCUUUUCCCAGCAUCCUUUGUUUACUUCCAGGUUUAGUAAUAGUGAAGGGAGAACGCCAGGCCAGAAAGGGGAGCUUGAGUACCUCCCAGAGUGAGACCCUGCGCCCCUCUCCCGCUCCCCGCAGGCCUUCGUCCCCGCCAUGGCUGAGCUAAUCCAGAAGAAGCUACAGGGAGAAGUGGAGAAAUAUCAGCAGCUACAGAAGGACUUGAGUAAAUCCAUGUCAGGGCGGCAGAAGCUUGAGGCGCAACUAACAGAAAAUAAUAUUGUGAAGGAGGAACUGGCCCUGCUAGAUGGGUCCAACGUGGUCUUUAAACUUCUGGGUCCUGUGCUGGUCAAACAGGAGCUGGGAGAGGCUCGCGCCACAGUGGGGAAGAGGCUGGACUAUAUCACAGCUGAAAUUAAGCGAUAUGAAUCGCAGCUCCGCGACCUCGAACGGCAGUCAGAGCAACAGAGGGAGACCCUGGCUCAGCUGCAGCAGGAGUUCCAGCGGGCCCAGGCAGCCAAGGCAGGGGCUUCUGGGAAGGCCUGACCCCGUGGUGGGGGGAAGGGGAGGGGAGGG